AUGGCCGCCGUUCAACUUCAAACAGCGCCCCACCAGGUCGGCGUCUUCAAGAGCUUCAUCGCCAACCAGACCGAGACGCUCGUCCUCAAGGAAAAGGUCAUGUCCCUCACGGGCGACAGCUUCGACAUCAAGCUUGCCAAUGGCCAGCCAAUCCUCAAGGUCGAGGGCAAAGUGAUGAGCAUCUCGGGCCGCAAGAAGGUCUUUGACAUGAACGGCAACCACCUCUUUUCCAUCGCCAAGGAGCACCUUCACAUCCACACAACUUAUGCGGUAGAAGACCCUAACGGCGUCAAGAUCAUGGAAGUCAAGAACAGCUUCAAGCUCAUUGGCUCCAAAGCCACAGCGACGUUCACCUCUAGCAACGGCACAGCGGAGGUCCUCGAGAUGAAGGGCAGCUGGUUCGACUUUGCGGCCGACAUCUUUGACAAGUCGACAAACACCGUGGUUGCGCGCAUUGACCGCAAGCUCCUCAGCGGUCGCGACGUUUUAUUCGGCCAGCAAACGUAUGCGCUCAUGGUUGCGCCCGGUGUUGACAUGGCUCUCAUGGCGGCGCUGUGUAUCUGCAUGGAUGAGAAGAACAACGAGAAGUAG